AAGACAAUUAUUGUAUUUAAUAAUGUGCUGUCGUUUAAAAAGUGGGAGUUGAAGAAAGAAAAAAAGUACAGCCGCCGCCAUAGAAAGUAGCAGCAGAGUACUUUUAGCUGCAAUUACAGUCAGUUACCAACAAUUUUAAGUUCCAAUUAUUUACCAAAACAAGUAAUCCUCAUUGGAACAAUCAUGGCAACGCAAGUUGGUUACGUUAAAAGCGUAUUCCCAGUAGCAACUACGCGCAAAAUCUCACAUUGCCAAUCAUCUUUGUUGCCGUGUCGAAUCGGGUACACAGCGCGUGUUUCCCACGUUCCGCUUGUGAAGAAAGUGUCGAGUGAUGCAGUUAGAAUCAGUUGCUGCAGCAACAAUGCGAGGGAAAGUGAUUUUGGGGCUGAGAAGUUAGAGGAAACUGAAAAGAGUUACAGUGUUGUUAUGAAAUUUGGUGGGUCUUCUGUUGCCAAUGCUGUGAGGAUGAAAGAGAUUGCUAAUCUGAUAUUGAGUUUUCCUGAAGAGAGGCCUAUUAUUGUUCUUUCUGCUAUGGGAAAAACUACCAACAAACUUUUACUGGCUGGAGAAAAAGCUGUAAGCUGUGGAGUUACUAAUGCCGAUAGUAUCGACGAGCUCAGCGAUAUAAAAGACUUGCAUCUCAGGACAGUGGAGGAACUUGGAGUUGACAGAGAUGUUAUUUCAAAACAUCUAGAAGAAUUGGAGCAACUUCUGAAGGGGAUUGCUAUGAUGAAAGAACUGACUCCACGGACUCAAGAUUACUUGGUUUCAUUUGGAGAGUGCAUGUCCACUAGGAUCUUUGCUGCAUAUCUUAAUAAAAUAGGUGUUAAGGCUCGUCAAUAUGAUGCAUUCGAGAUUGGUUUUAUAACAACUGAUGACUUCACAAAUGCGGACAUUUUGGAGGCAACAUAUCCAGCUGUUGCGAAGAGGUUACAUAGUGAUUGGGUUUCUGAUCCUGCAAUUCCAAUUGUUACAGGCUUCCUUGGAAAGGCUCGGAAAUCAUGUGUAAGGACAACAUUGGGUAGAGGGGGUAGCGAUUUGACAGCUACAACAAUUGGGAAAGCACUAGGACUGCAAGAGAUUCAGGUAUGGAAAGAUGUUGAUGGUGUUCUAACCUGUGAUCCAAAUAUAUGCCCACAAGCACAACCUGUUCCAUAUUUGACAUUUGAUGAGGCUGCCGAACUUGCAUACUUUGGUGCUCAGGUCCUGCAUCCACAGUCUAUGAGACCUGCUAGAGAAGGUGAUAUUCCUGUUAGGGUUAAAAAUUCCUACAACCCUAAAGCUUCGGGUACCCUCAUCACCAAAACAAGAGACAUGAGCAAGGCAUUAUUAACUAGCAUUGUUUUGAAACGUAAUGUUACCACGUUGGAUAUUGUAAGCACCCGCAUGCUUGGUACGGUUGGGUUCCUUGCUAAGGUGUUUUCAAUCUUUGAAGAUUUAGGCAUAUCAAUUGAUAUGGUAGCUACAAGUGAGGUUAGUAUUUCCUUGACGUUGGAUCCGUCCAAGCUGUGGAGCAGAGAGCUAAUUCAACAGGAACUUGACUAUGUUGUUGAAGAACUGGAAAAAAUUUCUGUGGUGAAUCUCCUAAAGAAUAGAUCCAUAAUCUCUCUCAUUGGAAACGUUCAGAUGUCGUCAAAAAUACUGGAGAAGGCCUUUCAAGUUCUUGGAUCCCUUGGUGUCAAUGUUCAAAUGAUUUCUCAGGGUGCAUCUAAGGUUAAUAUCUCAUUAGUUGUAAACAACGACGAAGCAGAGCAGUCUGUCAGGACUCUCCACAAAAUCUUCUUUGAGAGUGGCAAGCUCUCUGAAUUAGAGAAUGAAUCCAUACCUGAAAAUGGUUCUGUUCGUGCAUUAUCUUAAGGAGGAUACUUUAAUUUCAAGUUCUUCUAGCAAUACUCCACUAUUUAAUUGAGAUGUAACAUAUAAAUUUUAUUCACAUUAUGUGUUAAAGAAAAUUUUGGUCGGGGUUUGGGUUGAGAGGAAUGACUGUGUAUAAAUACUGUAUGUACCAGUCCUGUUUGUUCUAGAUCGUAUAUUAUUUUUUGGUAGCCUACUGAAGGGGGAGUUGGCUUGCUGGAACGAUAUUUUUGGGACUUUUUAGCAAAUGUGUUGAGAACACUUGGGAGAGUUGAUGAAAAGUAUAUUAUUUCAUAAAUCAGAUACUAAUUUAAAUUGUUAAACUGUAUCUACAGUUGAAUAGAA